GCUGCCCUGCGACGCACAGAUGUCAUUCUGGAAGUAGGCCCAGGAACUGGCAACCUGACAGUAAAGAUGUUAGAGAAAGUAAAAAAAGUUAUUGCUUGUGAAAUUGACCCUAGACUUGUUGGUGAACUUCAGAAGAGAGUCCAGGGCACGUGCCUGGCAAACAAACUUGAAAUCAAGGUUGGCGAUAUCCUGAAAACUGACUUACCAUUCUUUGAUGCAUGUGUGGCUAACUUGCCUUACCAGAUUUCUUCACCUUUUGUUUUCAAGUUGUUGCUUCAUAGACCUUUUUUCAGGUGUGCAAUACUUAUGUUUCAAAGGGAAUUUGCACUUCGUUUGGUUGCAAAACCAGGAACCAAACUAUACUGCAGACUCUCUAUUAAUACUCAGUUAUUAGCUCGAGUGGACCAUCUGAUGAAGGUUGGAAAGAAUAACUUCAGGCCUCCUCCCAAAGUUGAAUCCAGUGUUGUCAGAAUAGAGCCAAAGAACCCACCACCACCUAUCAACUUCCAGGAGUGGGAUGGUCUGGUAAGGAUAGCCUUUGUUAGGAAAAACAAGACACUCGCUGCAGCAUUUAAGUCAAGUGCUGUAGAGCAGUUGCUGGAUCAUAAUUACCGAAUUCAUUGUUCCUUACAUAAUACAGAAAUACCAGAAAACUUCAAAAUUGCAGAGAAAAUACAGACAGUCCUAAAAAAUACAGGUUACUCUGAAAAACGAGCCCGUUCAAUGGAUAUAGAUGAUUUCAUUAGACUGCUGCAUGGCUUCAAUUCAGAAGGCAUCCAUUUCUCAUAG